AUGGAUCAUCCGUUUAAUAUUGAAGAGGAUAACAAACCUUCAUUAUUCAGCAAUUAUGAUGAGCUAGUGAAUAAUUCAAUCACUGUUUCGGAUACAAUCCAAUCCUUACUUCGUGAUGAGAAGGUCCAAAUCUCCAUAAAGUCAACAGAAAAGCUAAUUCACUCAUCUACAGUUGUUUACCUUAUUGAGUUAACUAAUGGUAAAGAUACCAUAAUUAUAAAAAGAAGAUUCAGUGAGUUCAAAUCUUUCAGAGAUAAUUUAAACAAAUUAUACCCCAGUGUUAUAAUUCCACCAAUUCCUGAAAAACAUUCGAUAAUAUCAUAUUUCCUCAAUUCAAUCGAUAAUAAUAAGGAAGUUUCGUUGAUAGAAUUUAGAAGAAGAUUAUUCAACCGAUUUUUAAACGAUUUGGUUGAGAUUAAAGAACCUAACUUCCUCGAAUUGUCAUUUGUUGAAAAGUUUUUCGACCCCAAUUAUGAAUUAUGUUGGAAUAAUGCCCUUAAUGAAAACCCCAUCACUCAAUUACCCAAGAAUAUGUUAUUGUGUAAUCCCAUCAACCCUUUACAGUUCAAUGGAUUAUACAUAUUAUUACCCAAACUCAAUAAUUUCAAUAAUAAUAUGAGUGAAUUAUAUAAUAUCAAAUUGGACAAUUUUGUAUCAUUGAAUGAUAAUUUAGUCAAAUUGGAACGUAAGAUGAGUCAAUAUGAUGAUACGAAGAAACAUAAAUCUAACCAAAAUCCAUCACCAUCUAAUAACACUUUCAAAUUCAUACCCGAAGAUUUGAUCAAAUUUGAGAUAUUCAUCAAUAAGAAUUUGAAAAUCCUUAAAAAUUUUAAUAAAAUCAAUUUUAAUCAUUUGAAUAAUUUUAAAUUCCUUCUUUCAUCUUUAAUCAAUCUUGGUGGUAAUUUAAACAAUUUCUCAUUGGAAAUCUUCGAACUCAACAAGGAGUUGAGUAAUUUAAUUGAAAAAUUUGGUUCAAUCAUCGACUUGAAUUAUUUGAAUUAUGAAAAUUAUUUAUUCAAUCAUCUUAUACCCGACUGGAAAGAUUCUAUUAAUCAAUUGAUUCUUUAUUUCGAAGAAUGCUUAAAUCUCGUGAAUUUCUAUAAAUUCAAAAUCAUUCAAUUCUUGAUAAUUUUCCGAUUGAAAUUUAAUAAGAUGAACCAAUUAUAUAAUUUCAAGAGUUUUGAUAGUGAUUUUGAAACUUUGAAAGAUUUGAAUAGUCCUUCAGUGAAGAACUUUUUAAAUAAUAGACUGAAAAAAAGUUGGUAUAAAUAUUUUGGAGGAUCCAAACCAAAUCUUCCCCCUUCAAGUUUGACCACUUUGAACGGCAAUUCCAACGGAAAUACAAACCAAACCACAAAUAUAGAAACUUCAGAUAUCAGAAGUGUAAGUCCUAGUAUCAAUAGCUAUAAUGGUUCUAGCAUCCAUGGAUCUACCACAUCCAGUCCUCAAAAUAGUCCAAGAAAGAGUAUCAACAGUCUCCAAGCAAGUCCUCAAAGAAAUGAUAUCCACAAUAAGGAUUCUAAGAUAGAAAGCAUACAGAGAGAUUUAGAUAAAUUAGAUCAACUCAUUGAUCUUUCCUCUCAAGACUUACACGAUCUAACUCAAGAACUUAGUGAUAAUUUCCAACAAUUUUCAAAACUCAUUGAAAAGAAAUGGUUGGUCAUAUUCUUAGAAUUUACUCGAGCUACUAAACAACUAUUCAUCGAAAAUCUUAAUAAUUGGAAUGAUUUUAAACAAUUUUUUCAACAAUCUAAAUAG